AUGACCCGGACGAAAUCCCUCAUCCGGUUACCUGGUUAUGGUGGAAUUCUUCACCACUACCUGCGAUGGGGCUACGUCAUAGCCGUCAAGUGUAUGCAUGGCGCCUAUCAAGCUGUGGCGGCCAAGUUUCCCGCGGUCCCGGUGCUUCCGAACCCCCCCGAAAGCGGAAGCCUGCAAGACGUCGUGCCGUACCUGCUGCGGCUGGCCCUCCAGGAGCGGCACCUGGCCUGGCGGCUGGCGGCUGCCGUGUGCUGUAUGGUGGUGGCCAAACUGGCCGGUAUCUCCUUGCCCCUGGUAUUCAAGAGCGCUGUGGAUGCGAUGUCGGUCUCUGGUGGGUCCGCGGCGGUCAUGGACCGGGCGGCACUUACGGCGGUGUCGUCGUCCCGGGCUAUGCACAUCACCCGGGCCCCCAUAUUCGCGCCGGUCAGUCAGGCGGUCACCCGCCGAGUGGCGUACCACACAUUUGCACACGUGCUUAAUUUGGACACCAAGUUUCAUAUUGACCGCCGUACGGGACGAGUGUCCAGAAUCUUGGAGAGGGGCACCCGGUCCAUCGGCGUGCUGUACCGCGCCCUCAUCUUCACCUUCCUGCCCACGGGGUUGGAGCUGGGGGCGGUGGCGGGGCUCCUGGCCUCGCGCUUCGGAGCGCUGCUGGCGGGGCUGCUGGCGGCCACCUUCGCCGCGUACGUCACCUGGACGGAGGUCAACCACCUGGACAACCAGGCCAGCAGUAAGGCGGUGGAUGCACUGCUCAACUUUGAAACAGUGACGCUCUUCAACAAUCAGCGACUUGAGGACACGGCCUUGUACUACGACAGCAUCCGGGAGAAUAUUCGCUACGGCCGCCCGGACGCCCAUGAUGAGGAGGUGGAGGCGGCGGCCCGCAUGGCCCGAUUGCACGACACCGUCAUGGCGCUGCCGGACCAGUACGACACUGUGUCUAUAUCCCUGGCAUCAGCUUCACUCGUUCGUGGUCGGUCCGCGCUGUUCGUGGCCCACCGUCUGAGUACGGUUCGUAACUGCGACCGCAUUGUCGUACUUCGCAACGGACUCGUGGUGGAGGAAGGCAGUCACGACGAGCUCAUGGCCAGGAGGGGUGAGUAUGCGGCCAUGUGGCAGCUCCAAGCGGCGGCGGCCAAACAGGAGGACGGGGAGAAGGACGAGGGGGGCGCCACCGACAGCGACAAUGAGAUGUACGACAUGGAGGAGGGAGGGGAGACCUUGCGGGAGGCUGAUCAGGGUAUGGUAGGCCCGGGGGCCGCUGCGGCGGCACCGCCGUACAGUUUGGAUGACCUUGAUGCCGGCACGGGUAGUGGGCGGUAGGGAGCACCAUGAAGACCUGUGACAACACUUUAAAUUGUCAGCCGUUGUUAGUUUGAGGAGUUGUUAUUCUGUGGCGCUUUGCUGCUAAGAACGGCGUUUUGCCUACGCGUGGCGUGAAUGUACAUGUGUAAAUGUGAACGAGCGUUUUCGGAGGUCGUCAUCAUCCCCAGUGGUUUGAGUGAUCUAGAGACCGAGAGACGAAGCGAGUGGAGUGAGAGGCGAAGAAUUAUCCCCCACAUGUCUUGUUUGAUUCAGUUUGAUCUUUUAGGGACCACCUUUUCUCUUAAAGGAGGUGCCGCAGCGAUUUCGUUCUUCCAUCCUUAGUUGGUGACCAUGAGUUGUUGGUUAGUUGGCGUUCCGGUUGGUGUUCCGUUUGUGGCAACCGGGGUGGGUUGCGAAUUGUCGACGACGGUGUUUAGCGGCAGUCGCACCUCCUUUGGAGGUUGUUACUCUUUUGGCCUC